AUGACACUCUUCAUCUACAUGUGCCAUCCCAAGGCUGCCUACACUUGCGAAGUGACACGGCAAAAAGAUGUUCGCUGGUUCUCCUUCUGGGAUUAUUGUGUAGAGUUGGACAAGGUCUGGCAUCAGGAGGCCAUGGCCCACUGCUUCUGUUUGUUCACAGAGGGAAAAAAUCCAUGGGCGUUCUCACCUCCCGGGGAUGCCGUGGAAGAUGCUUUCUCGGUGCUGGCUGAUGAUACGAACCAGGACAAAAUGCGUUGCUUCAUCACGGUCUUCAAAGCCCUGCGUCUCUUCCUGUCUGAAUGCGCCCGGGACUUCCAGCAAUCUGGGACUGCGUCCGUGAAGCACAUGAUCAGCCUUGGCAGUGGUCGACGAGUGGAAAAGCUGCUUCUGAGAACCUUCAAAGAUUGUGCUCGUGGGCCUGGGUUGAUGUACACCGGAGCCCCGUCCGACCCGGAGACACUGUCCUGGCUGGCUACCCUGUUCUUGGAGCAGUUGAGAUCCAUCUCUGAGCUGGAGACCCCAUACUCAUCUUUCCCUUGGCGGGUCAUCGUGUGCCUCAGCGGUGACAAAAAGGCUACGUUGCAGGCCAUGAAGCUGGAAUGGGACUUUGUCACGGAUUUGGUGGAUACCCUGCCCGAGAAGCAUUCGCUACGGAAGCUUCUGAACAUCACGCAAAGCCAGCCAUACCGAGACAUCAUGACCAAAGCUGAGUGCUUCGGCUUCAACUCUGAUUCUCUGGAGUCUGAUGAAGCGGAAGGAUUCAGGAAGUGCUGCAGAUGUAUUGCAGGGCUUACAGGCGACAGCACCGACAGCAUGCUUUCCUCCUUGGCGUGCGAGCUGAUAUUCAAUGAUGCCCGGGAUUCUGGUCGUAGGCACAGCAAAAUGGAAAAGACAUGUCCCCACAACAUCCAUGCAGUUGCGCACAAGUCCACAACAAAGAGACCCUCUGGCGGGCAACCUCUGGUUCUUUCCAACGCAGACUGGUCCCUUCCGUUGCCCAGCAAGAAUGUCCGCAACAGAGUGCACUCUGCAUUGAAGGCCACUGACGUGGAGCUAGGUGUGAAUUCAGACAAGCUGACUAGAAACAAGGCCAGCAUUUACACCAAACCGCACAUCAUGAGCCAGCGCCUGAGCCUUCUGAAGGUCCUGACUUCUGAGUACACACGCAACAUCAAAGAGGAGUUGCAGCGACAGGAGGACAGAAUGGAGGUGCUGGAUGUGAUGUUCAAGGAGAGUUGGGUGUCCAAACUGGUGCCCAAGCACUAUUUCAUCACAUGGGACGUGGACAACCCCGGCUCUGCGCGACACAUGGUUUUGUCUGCUGGCCCCCACUUCCUAAAGGUGCUAGACCUCCAAGCUUUCUCGGAGGACAUGUUCACUCCCAAUGCAGACAAAAUCAGUGUGCGCGAUACAUGGACAGGAUCCCUGCUGGACUGUGCUGUGGCCCCCACUGAGCCGUGCUUGGCUUUUGAUCAGCUGGCCUGGCGUGCGACGGGGCCAUUCACCAGUCUUACUGAAGUUCUAGCUGGAAGCAGGCUGCUAGAGACACCCCGUUCGCUUCUAGCAUCUGUAUGCUCCGCACUUGGCCUGAAACACUCGAAGUUGACCUACAAGGCUCGCGUCCGAAUGUUUUUAGAAUACAUGAAGAAGUCCACCAGCUUCAUCGAAAGUGUUCUAGAGGAAAUACCUGAUGCAGAACCAAAACCUGCAAAAGAAAUGGACCAAAAUGAUGAGCACUUGGACGGACAAACGGAAGAUGAGGCAGAUGAAGACUUGGCUGAGGAAAUGGCUGAAGAUCCUAACCAGGAACCUGACGAAUGCCACGAGGCAGCUGCUGACCCCGCGAGGCCUGAUGAAAACAUGCCACAGUGUCGAGAAGAACACCAUGCUGCGCCGCCUGGACCUGCGCAGCAUGCGUCCGGAGAGCCUCUUGUAACUCUGUUCUAA